AUGCCCUCUACUGUAUCCCUCAACUGCAUCCCUCAACAAAACCUUCAUAACAAGUAUCACUCCUUCCAUUAUCAGGCAACUUCGCAUCUCACAAAACGGACUAUGGACGAUCCCACUCGAUACCAUGGCACUUUGGUGUCUCUUGAGGGCCCGGUUGACGUUCUUGCCACCCAGCUACGUCUGCUCCCAACCUCACCACAAAUCUUCAUCCUGCCCCAAGUCCAGACCUAUCUUGAGGACGGAGACCCAAGCGAGAGGUUCGAUGCUCGGAAGUUCAUCAGGAGAAUGCAUAAUGCCGUCGCCGCGCGGAACGAGGUUGCCUACUCCUUUCUGAAAGGUUCAACCCCAACCAACAAAAGACUGGUCUUCACGAACGGCAGCACACCUGGCGCCCAGGCCAUCUGCAUCAAAUCGAUUGCUGAACAUGAGACCGACGGCAAUAUCUCUCAUGCCAGGCUUCUCUUCAAUGACAUUGUCAAGCAUGGCGCGGCUGGACUUGAAGAUGACUGGUUUUCUCGACAGAGGGAGGGUAGACACCACGUACCGGAAGAAGACCCCAUCGUGAGAGCCAUGCGAGCGGCUGAAGCCCUUGAUCGACUAACUGCCGACUUACAACCAAAUACCGACGUAGACCUCACCUUCAAGGCUAGGCCCCGGAGUAUGAGCCUUCCCAUUUACAGCUUCGAUGAUAGAUUCGGCGACGCUGCACCAUUCUACGUUUUUGGAGUCAGGUCUUGCGAAGACGAUGAAUGUAUCGAUGACAGCACCAGAAACGACUUUCUUUCAGCAACCCCAAGAUUGGCAGUCACCGAUUUCGGCGAAAGUUUGACCAAUACCAUGGCAACAUUCAAGGCCGUGGAUGAUUGUCUCCCGCCCCUCAGGUCACCGAGUUGCGUAGGAGAGACAUACGAGCACCAGACUAGAUCACCACAUCGACUAUUGACGACGGACAUGCUCACGCCCCUUUCAGGUCACAGCACAGAGUCUACAGACACAGUUGCAUAUGGAGAGGGUUCCUCGAUGCAGAUGCAGAUGGGCAACCCCCGACGAUCAACGAAGCGAACGAAGUCUCUUGACCGAGCAUACGAAACUGGGGAUAGCUACGGGGAUCCUCCGCUCCAAGCUCAGAUUCAAGCCAGGGUCGACAGCGGGAAGGCUCUGUCAGAAGAUGGCCGACGUGACUCCAAUGUCGCGACACUGCUGCAAACAUCACUGUCGAGAACAAUCCACGUUCGCUGCGAUCGUCCUACUGUCUUAUUAUCUCCUCCGCCACCAAAACCGAAGAAAAAGGCCAACGGCGCUUAUGUUGACAAGGGCACAGACGCAGAAAGCUCUCGGUCUCCUGAGCCCCCUUUCCGGCCCGUGCUGCCCUUUACCGAAGAUCUUGUCAUUAAUAUUCAGGAUGGAGCUGAUGAUAGUGUCCUCGAUGCUACCAUCAGCGCAUUCAGAGCUGGUGUUUAUCCAAUUCAGACGGAAGAACAGUCCGAGCAAUUGGUAGCCCGGAAAGAAUCAGUCAUAAGGGCACCAAAGCUCCACGACAUCGAGACUGCUGCUGAAGACUCUGUCAAUUCUUUCUGCGUCAGUACUGUCGUUCGGCCCAAGAUCCAGACGAAUACGAUCCUUUUGCCUACGGUCCGACACCCCUCAAACCUGCAAACACAACUCGUUUAA